UAACUCCAUUGACCCCCCUCCCUCCCUCCCUCGCUUAUAAUAAAUCAAAUCUCCGCCACGGUUCGUGACGAAAAAAACAAAUAUUAGACUGUACUGGAGUGUAAUGAAAGGAGCGGUGACGCAGUGGUUAGCGCCUCGCGCUGUGAGUUAUAGCAAGCCCCUUCGCCAACCCGCACUGAACCAGCGUGGUGAAGUAUGGUCGAACAACCCCCGAUGAGCCCACACCACCUGGGGGAGACCUCCUUGCAGCAGCAGUGGGUUUGCUUGUAAACAAUAACAAUUUGUAUUGUCAACAUGAGCACUUGAGACGCGUAAUGGGUGCAAUGCACGUGCUCACACACGUGUGUGUGUGUGCGCAUGCUUAUUGACAUUGCACAAUUGCGGUUAAAGUCUUAGCAAAUUAUUGCGGGUUUUUUUUUACAGCGUAAUUGUGUUUCUUGUUUUGAUCAAAUGUUCAGUUUUGUUAUGAGAAUUCUGAUAGUAUUGUCGGUACUGUGUUUUAUCCCAGGUCUCUCUAUUGAAUAAGAGAACUGUGUUACGACAAUCCUGUAUAUCAGACAAGGUCUUCGUUUGUACGCGGCUGGCGGGCGAAAUGAAAGAAGAUUUUGACAGUACCCGUAGUUCGAGGCGGAUGUCCUGAACAUUCGUGGCAGCGGUGGGAGAAUGGGUUGGAGGAUCUUCUGCUGCACUCCCAAUCUGCGUCAAUCUCAGAGAAGAGCUCCAGGACCUCCGUCAUCUUAAUAAUGCCCUCGGUCUACAUUUCUGUGGAUGUUCAGAACCUGGCAAGCCGGGGGGCGGGGGGGGGGGGCGGGGGGGUUCCUCUGGACCUUUUUGUGCUGCCAGCCUAAUCUACCCACAAUGCCGCUACAACCGCCUGUUGGCUGCAUCUCUCAACAAAUGGAACGUUUGCAUCACAGCAUUGUCGACGAACUCGCGUGGGAUUUUAGCGUUGUAAAAAAAAACAUCAGAAACACCUCAUGUUUUUAAAUGUAACCCCCUUUUUUUACAUAUAACAAUCGAUCAAUUGUACACUUGAAAGUCUGGGAGCGAAUUGUGAAUUGUGUGGACAGUUACAAUAGAGUGGGGAUCUGCUGCCAAAAUGAAAUAUGACAGUGCUGACCGUUGCAAACCCCCGAAACAAAUAAAGCAACCGCUGCAAACAAUAGCACCGCUUCGAUACUCGAUGCCAGAUAUAUUUCGUGGAUACUCCCCUCUCAUGAAAAUUCACAUCACUGUAUAUAUCGCGCUUCCAAUAUGGAUGUAAUGAGUUCCUUCAAAUAAUUAUUUUAACAAGAUGGGAUUCCAAUGCGGGGAUAACAAUUGCUAAUCAUGGAAGGCGUAGGCUUAAAACUACACUUGAAAGAUCAGUAUCUUCCAAACGUCGUGUGAAACUCUGGAGAUGAAAUGAAUACCGUUGAAGAAUCAUCUUCUUGGCGAGAUCUGUCCUUACCGAUACUUGCGAAGAUAUUAAAACGUAGUGUGAGCGGCCCACAAAUGUGAGAGCUCCCAAAUUUUUCCAACACAACGUAAAGUGUUCGUGUGAAAUAAUCGAGAAAUGAGCGGGUCACGCCGAGUGAGGAGGGUGCACGUGUUCGUGGGUGCCCCCAUCGUUAACCCCGAUUGUUGUGACAUGAGGAACAACGUGCCGGGGUCGUCAAGACCUCCAACGGGCUUCCAGGAAUUCCUGUGCACUUGGCAAAAAUCCACGUCGCAGCUCCUGCUGAAAUGCACCUCAAGUGGCAGUGGCGGCGGUGACGGCAGGAUUCCAAUGUCGGCUUCUACAGCGGGAAGCGACGCGACCGAGCAAAGGGUGGACCGCGAUUGGGAGGAUGAGAGCGAGCCUUGCGUGAUGGACGGCUCCCAAGAACUCUUCGACUUGCAGCCGUCUCUGCAGGAGUACAUCGACAGCACGUUACCCGGGCCGUGCGACGACUUGACCCUCGGCAGCGCCGCCGCUGGCAACCAUCACAAAUGGUUCACGAAUCCAUCGGCGAGGACGUUGCAGGCUUCGGGGAUCCUCGCGAGCCAGUCCUCCGCCGACGACUAUUCCCAAGUAACCUUUCCUUCCCUUCUCACCCAGCAGCCGCCACUGGUUGCGGCGUCGGCCUCGGACCGGCUGCUAUCACCUCCGUCGUUGGCAAAAUGGAACGAGGAGCCCGGCGGCGGUGGUGGCGCCGGCACCGUCUGCGAGGAGUACCGGCGCGGUCACCCCAGUGGCCGUGACGUCGCGUUCAAGCGUGGCCUCGGUGCCGAUGCCGCGGAGCUCGGGCGCACCUCAUGCAGCUUCGGCCUAGAGGAGCUAAGUUUCGAAGCGUUUGGAUCGGGGGUUCUGUGCUCACAGGUCGUGCCGCCGACCCCCGUGGCGCUCGCCAAGCGCGGCGGAAAGGCGGCUCGGUUGAAACAACACUUCGUUAGGAAGAGGAAGUUGGAACAAGAGGUCAGAGGUCACGGCAAAGCCCUCAGAGGUGAAAAUAACAAAUUGGCGACUUGUGAAAAUGAGAAAGAUGCUUCCGUAAUUUUGAGUGGAAAUGAGAAAUGUGAAGUGGAAGCAUCCCACCCUUUAACCCAAUCCCCUUCUAUUGUUGAAACUAAAUAUGCUAUGGGGGGUGCUGGGGAAAUUAUAUCAGAAAAUCCACAAACACCAAUGCUGCCUUUGCCUGAAAUCAAUGAGUGUGAGCUUGCAAGUCAAGCCGAUUGGGUCGAAGAGGCGGUUUCAGCCACGGACCCAAAAACCGAACGGCCAAGAGAUGGCGAUGACAGUGAAGCACGGGCGCCGGCGCCGAUUGUCUCCGACCUGGGGAGGCUGCUGCAGCGGCAGCAGCAGCAGCAGCAGCGGCAGGAGAGGGCGGCUCGAACGCGGCGCGGCGACCCUCAAAUGCGCGCCGUCCACACCACCCCGCUCGCCGAAUGCACCGGUGGCGGCGGCCGCGGCGGUCCCGGCAGCGGCAGCGGCCGCGGCGGCAGCUUCGGCGCGAAGCGGCGGAACGUGCUGGUGGCCGUGCUGGCCUGCCUGCCGGUGCGAGACGUGCGAGUGAAGAGAGGCGCAUCGGCGGGUCGCUCCGUGCCGGUGGCGGGCGUGGUGGCCACGGACCAGUCGUUGGCGAGCGCCAGGGUGGUGAUGUGGAGGCUGGCGGCGUUCUGGGCCCUUCUGCUGACGCCGGGCGACGUCGUCAUGCUCACAGACGUUUGCCCCCAUAUGGACACGUGGAGGCAGGAGGAGGUACUGCAGCUGAGCCCAGCGAGCCGCAUGCUCAAGCUUGGGCUGUGGCCACUGGUGCAAGCCUCCCACUGGCGGGAGGUGGUGGACGUGCGCAAGUUGGACGCCCUGCUGCGCCACCUGUCGGAGCGCCACCCGCACCUGGGAGUGGUGGGGCCUCGCCUGGGCCUGGCUCACACGUCGAGCGUGCGCUACCGCGACCCGCGCACCUCUGAGCCCGACUCCAUCCUCCAUUGCGCCGGCCGGGUUACCGGCGUCGUCACACGCACAGAGUGGGACCCGUACACGCUGAACGGAAGAGCGCAGGCCGGCUACGGGCGACUGGUGGCCACCGCGAGGCUCCAACAGAGCUCCAGGGUGGAGCACACCCUCCAGCUGACGGGCCAGGCCGCGUCGUGGGCCGGGCACAUCCGCAGAGCGCCCCUUGACACCAUCUGGGCCUUCCACUACUUGGUGGUGCGCAAAGACCCGGCAGUCGCCACGGAGAUAGAGCUGUGGAGCACGCCGCUCUCGUCGUGCGAGCGCCUGUUCCCCGACGACCCCAGAGCUGCCCUCUGCGCCGACCUCGUGCCCGAGGGAGCCGUCGCCCGGCCCUCCAGCCUGGCCGGCCUGCUCGCCGCUCACAUCACAGGCCGCGUGGAGGUGACGGCGCGCGUCGCCUCCCUGCUCUUCCUCCGCGCCGGCCGCCCGCCGCGCGGACGGCAGCCCGGGGGUCAAGCGGAGCGGCCCGGAGACGGCGGUGGCGGCACCCGCCCCGCCGGCCUCCGCGUCGACGCGACGACGCCGCUCGUCGCCGUGGCUGCGGCUCUGCCGGGCCUGCUGCUGCGGGGCUGCGCGGGAUGCGGACGCGAGCUGUGGGAGGAUGCCCUCGGCGUCGUGGCGCCGUGCCUGCCCUGCGCGCCAAGGGCCACGCGGCUCUUCUACCCGCCGGCGGUGCUGUGCGUGACCGACGGAGUGGAACGCGUGGAGGUGCACGUAUCCCCGCGUACCGUCGAGAAGCUGCUUCUCAACAUCCCCCCCAGCUGGCUGCACAGACCUGCAGCCUCUCCGACGUCCCCGUCGUCCAACUCGUCGGGAUCGUGCGCGCAACGGGCGCCGGCGCCGGACGCGGCGAGGCAGCGAGGGGGAGCCGGGGAGAUGGCGACCCCGGCGAGGGAGGUGGUCGCGGAGGUCAGGGAGGUCGAGGAGGUCGUGGGGGCGGGAGAGCCGUGCGAAGGGCAGAGGAAAAGCGCGGCCCAGCAGCCGCCUCGCUGCCACUCCGCGGCCAAAAACGGCUGCCUCGACUCCCCCUCUUCCCCGUUCUCCUCCUCUUCGACGGAGCCAUCGCAUCCGAGGGUCGGGCAGGUCCGGGCGGCGGAGGCGGUCGCCUUGGCAGCUCGCGGCGACGGAGCCGGGGAGUCGAGCCGAGGCGCCGAGGGGAGCGCGGCACGAGCCGCUGGCGUCGUUUCGGCGGCCCCGCCGGCACCGCGCGGCCUCCCCCAGGACGGGCAGGGCUGCCGGCCCAAGCGAGAGGCCUCCGGCCACGCGGAGGCGAGGGUGUUCGAGGCGGGAUCACGCAACGAGCGCGGCGAGUUGCAGUUGAAUCGCCCUGAGCAGCAGCAGCAGCAGCAGCGCGACGGCCGAGACGCAGGCAACGCAAGCGGCCCCCAGCCGCCGCUCCGUGGCCACGAGCCCAGGACCCCCCCCUCGGGGACGUCCCCGGUGCACGUCUACCCGGAGGUGAACCUGGGAGGCGGCGGCGGCGGCGGCGGCGGGAAGAAGAGCACCAAGGCGACGAGGGCGAGCAAGAAGUCGAGCGGCUCGGGCAACCGGGCGCGCAGCCCCACGGCGUCGUCGUCGGCGGCGGCGGCGGGCGACGAGGACGAGGGCAGCUCGGGCGACGAGGAGGAGGACAAGUCGCCGGUGCGCGAGGUGCGCUGGGACGACAAGGGCAUGACGUGGGAGGUGUACGGAGCCUCCAUGGACGUCGAGGUGCUGGGGCUCGCCAUACAGAAGCACCUCGAGCAGCAGAUAGAGCAGCACUCGCGCGAGCGCAGCACACGCAGCGACAGCACCGUGGCCGCCACGCAGCAGCCGCCCCAGCAGGAGCAGCAGCAGCAGCAAGCGCCACCGCUUCAGAAGCAGCAGCAGCAGCAGCAGCGGCAGGCGUCGCAGAACGUGCGCCAGCCACGGUGCUGCACGCGCGCCAACUCCAUCGCGGACUGA